AUGGCUUCUGAAGGUCCGGGCUUGAUUGUCAAUGGCGGACAAUCAUCCAAGUCCCCUGCUGCCUUGCUCUCCGAGCAGCAUGCACGGGAUGAUAAACACACUGUCACUGUCGAGGAUGUUGUGGAUGAGGAGGAUAUUCAACACCCUCCCCCAUCUUCUAUAGUUAAUCCAUCUGCCGAGUCGUCCUCGGCCGCUGCUCCCCCGGUCUCGAAGCCCACAAAAGCUCCAGCACUGGAUGUUCAAUCCGAGGAGCUAUUCCCGGUUUUAGGAAGUGGUCCUAAGUCCAAGGCUGCGGCGAAUGUUCCCACAGCUUGGGGUGCCAAAAGGCCCGCUGCUGCUGCUGCUCCCCAGAAUGGAGCACCUGGUGUUUCCCAGCCAGCUUCCUCCGAAUUCUCGAAUGCGCCAAGAAUCAUGACUCUGCCAGGAAAGCAUGUCGAACAAUUGCGCCUUGCUCCAUCCCAGAUGCUCCCACGUAAUCAGCUCAAGAAACCCGUCAGAGAUAUCUUGCGAGACAUUUCAAAGAGGUCAAAGGCCUCUGUUGAUCUGCGGGCCGGACCAAAUGGUUCGAUUAUCUUUGAAGGAAAGGGCUCUGUUGACGCCGUUCGUCAAGCCCUCAAGGAGGUCGCUCAACAAGUGGGAUCGAAGCAAUCUGUUCGCGUGCCAAUUCCUGCGUCCGCAAGAGCCCAUAUCAUUGGUCGUGGAGGUGCCGUCGUACAAGAUAUUCAACAGCGAACUGGCGCUCGUGUCCAGGUACCCAAGGCUGAGGAGUCUGCUCCCGGUGACGAAGAUGAUGACAGCGUCACUAUUGAUGUGUUCAUAGAAGGUGAUGCUGUAGCAGCCGAGAUGGCCCGCCGCGAAAUCGAAUCGAUCGUGAAAGAGCGUGCUUCGAACAUUAAUCUUCGAUUGAAGAACAUUCCGCCAGAAUUCUUCCCAUUCAUUGCUGGCGCUCACAAUGCCCGUGUUAGUGACAUUGAGGAACGUACCAAGGCACAAAUUAAGGUCCCCCGUUAUGACACAUGGCUCAAUCAGCCUCCACCACAAGAGGCCGCACCAGGCCAGAUUCGCUUUGUCGCAGACCCAGACCGUCACAUCCAAAUUUCUGGAGAGCGCAACGCUGCGCAGGAAGCGCGCGCCGAGAUUGAACGCCGUGCAGCUGAAUUGCAACGUCAACUCACCUUGCGUCAAUUAGCCAUCAACCGCGGUCAGCAUCAAUUCAUUCUUGGAGAUAGCAACACUGCCCUCCACGACUUCCUCUCAGAAACGGGCUGUGCGAUCAUUUUGCCUCCUGCCUCUGAUGACAGUGAAUUCUUGACUAUCACUGGACCAGCUGACCAAAUUGAAGCUGGUAUUAACCGUGCGAUGGAGUUGGCUACAAGUAUGCAGAUGGCUAGUAUCGAUUUGUCUCGACAACACUCCGCUGCACAUGCUCGAGCGCUUACUUCAUACCUACAGAAACGCCAAAUUAUUAGGGAACUCGAGCAAGCGUAUGAUGCUCGCAUCGUGCUGCCACAAGCUGUUGACGGACCCGUCACAUGGGAGGUGUACUCUCGUGAUGGAAAGAACACAAUUCGCGCUCGUUCCGACAUCAUGAACCUUGUUCAAGCUCACCCACCCGCCAAGAUUCGCUCUGUGCCAGUUGAUCCCUAUUUCCACUCCUACCUGACUUCAUACGGCGCUCCACAGUUGAGGGAGCAGUAUGGCGUUCAUCUGAUUGUUCCUGAUAACACCGACAGCGAUGAGGUGAUCCUCGUCUACGAGGGACAGCAGCCAUCCGAGGCACAGUUCGAGGUCCCCAGACAACGUCCUUCGAAUGAGGAUAUCGCAGUAUUCGAGCAAGCUCUGCAGUCCGCACAGGAAUACUUGAUCAAUACACUGGGCGACCAAUCUAACAUCGUCCAGAAGUCGGUUUCUAUACCUGCCAAGUAUGCCGAUAAAGUGCGUAGAUACAUUGCCCGGGAAGAACAACUUGAUGCAGACCACAUUCCAGCUCGAGCAGUUGUCCAGAAGUCAAACACUGCCAACGAAAGCGAAGUUGUUCUACGUGGACGCUCUAGUGAUGUCGAUGAACUCUCUUCCAAGGUUCUUGAAUUUAUCGAACAACAGAAGAAGGACGACCUUGAAAGAGACUACACCGUCAGCUUUGACUUCCCUCAGAAAUAUGCCAACUUCCUUAUUGGCAAGCGCGGCGAGAAUAUCAACAAGCUACGGGACGAAUUCGACGUUGACAUCAAGGUCGACAACGGCAAGGUUGAAGUCAAAGGCCCUAAGGCCAAGGCAGAUGCUGCCAAGCUCAGAAUUGCUGCUCUCGGCAGGAAGUUGGAAGAUGAAACGACUCACAUUCUGAAGAUCCCCGCCAAGUACCAUCGUGAUUUGAUUGGUCAAAAGGGUAGCCAGGUCAACAGGCUGCAGGACAGAUACAACGUCCGUGUGCAAUUCCCCCGCGCUGCAGCUUCACCUGCAAACGACGACCAGUCUGUCGCAGAUACCGCAAGUGAAGUCGGCGGUGGUCGAUUUGGACGCAACAAUCAGGCCCCUGAUGAGGUGCAUAUCAAGGGCCCUAGCAAGGGUGCCGAUUCCGCUAGAGACGAGAUUCUGAGCUUGCUCCAAUGGGUGGUUGACCACUCCAACUCUGCAGUCGUUUCUGUUGCUCAAAGUCAGAUUCCUGCUUUGAUAGGACAGCGAGGUCGUGAAAUGGACAAGCUACGUGCCGAAACAGGUGCUCAGAUUGAUGUUCCAAGUGCACAGGAUGCGCCAGAUGCAUCUGGCCGUGUCGAGAUCAAGAUCAAGGGUACCAAGAAGCAAGUAGACGAAGCCAAGAAGAUUCUUGAGCAACGGGCCAAAGAAUUUGACUCGAUCGUCACAAAGACCAUUGAGAUUGAUAAGAAAUACCACAAGGCUCUCAUUGGAGGUGGCGGUGCCAACAUUCGCCGCAUUAUUGUUGAGGCUGGUGGACCUGACGACAGCACUGCUUCCCGUAUUGUCAAGUUCCCUCGUGCAGAAAGUGACGAGAAGGCUAUCAAACUUGAGGGUAACGGUGCUGUAGUCGAGAAGAUUGCAGCAGCCAUCGAUGCUUUUGUCAAGGAGAGAGAGGACCAAGUCACAGCUGCAUUGGACGUACCUCAAGCACAACACCGUUUGCUCAUUGGACGUGGUGGAGAUACCAGACUUAAUCUCGAAAGCAAGUUUAACAUUUCGAUAGACAUCCCAAGACAGGGAUCAGGACGGACCGAUGUCAAGAUCAAGGGAGCAAGUACCGCUGUUGAGGAGGCAAAGGCCCACAUUGAGGAGCUUCUCAAGGGACAACAGGGUGAGACCGUUCAGGUUCCCCAACACUUGCAUCAUGUAGUUUCGGACAAUGGCUCUUUCUUCCGGCGUCUACGAAAUGACUACCAGGUGACCGUGGAUCACGCUGGUCAGCAACCACCUGCCAAGCCAACUGCUGUUGAAACCCGGGAGGGCGCGACCAACGGAGCCUCUCUUCCUUUGAUUACGGACGAGUCGGAUGCUGCUGUUGACACGCAUUCGUGGAAGAUUGUUGAGAAUGCACUGGCUGCCGGAGAAGAUACUUCGGCCACCAUUCCUUGGGUUUUGUCAGGUUCCACAGACAACGUGGCCAAGGCGAAGGCGGCUUUGGACAAAGCUUUGGCAGCUGCAACCCAGCAAGGUGCAACUGGGUAUCUGAUCCUUCCUGACCCCAAGACAUACCGAUUUGUCGUUGGUCAAGGCGGCAGUCAGAUCAACACUAUCCGCAAGAAGACCGGCUGCCGUAUCCAAGUGCCGAAGGGUCAAGCCAAGGGAGAAGCCAUUGAAAUCAAAGGCACAAAGGAUGGCCUAGAACAAGCCAAGGAGUUGAUCCUGGAAGCUGUUCGUAACGGUCAAAGUUCUCGAUCGUAA